CACUGGCAUCAGGUUCCUAAAGGGGUUUUCCUGGCAGAAAGGCCCUGAGGACACAAGGGUCACUCCCCCAGCCCUCCCGCCUCGGUCCCUGGGGGUGGGGCAGAGCACCCACCUGCUCCACAGCCACCCCCCGCCCCAGGGGGCCGGGCAGGAGCCCAGCUGGGACCUGCCCCGGCUCAGCCGGCUGCAGUGGGCGGGCCCCUGGCCAUGCCAGCGCCAGGCCUCCCCCUGCAUUCUAGAGCCCCAGCCGCUGCCUCUGCUGCUGCCUGGCCGGGCUGCCACCUCUCCUCAGCCUUUCCCGCUGCUGCCCCUCACCCCGCCCGGCGGCUUGGCUCCCCCGGCCAUGAGCCCGGCUCCCCCGGGGACCCUGGCCCGGCCCUGAGCUCCGGGACCCCAGCCCCCUCCCCUGGGCCAUGGCCAACUCGGGCCUGCAGCUCCUGGGCUACUUCCUGGCCCUGGGCGGCUGGGUGGGCAUCAUCGCCAGCACGGCCCUCCCGCAGUGGAAGCAGUCCUCCUACGCGGGCGACGCCAUCAUCACCGCCGUGGGCCUCUACGAGGGGCUCUGGAUGGCCUGCGCCUCCCAGAGCACCGGGCAGGUGCAGUGCAAGCUCUACGACUCGCUGCUCGCCCUGGAAGGUCACAUCCAGUCCGCAAGAGCCCUGAUGGUGCUGGCUGUGCUCCUGGGCUUCGUGGCCAUGAUCCUCAGCGUCGUCGGCAUGAAGUGCACCCGGGUCGGCGACAGCAACCCCAUCGCCAAGGGCCGCAUUGCUGUCUCUGGGGGGGCCCUCUUCCUGUUGGCAGGCCUCUGCACCUUGACUGCAGUCUCGUGGUAUGCCACCCUGGUGACCCAGGAGUUCUUCAACCCCAGCACCCCUGUCAACGCCAGGUACGAGUUCGGCCCAGCCUUGUUCGUGGGCUGGGCCGCGGCCGGCCUGGCCAUGCUGGGCGGUUCCUUCCUUUGCUGCACGUGCCCCGAGCCUGAGAGAGUCAACGGCAGCCCACAGCCCUACCGGCCGGGCCCCUCCACCACAGCCAGGGAACCAAUCCUUAAACUGUCUGCCUCCUCCAAGGCCCCCCUGGGCGUGUAAUGCCCAGGCCCCAGCCCGGCCGUCUCCCUGCCACGCCCAGACUGUGUGCUUGGUUCUUUGUGGAAAGAGAAGUGAACACCCA